GUCGGGUAGCGAUAGCCAGGCGAGACCUCGCCGCCACACACCACGAGGUCGAGAACGAGACCCUACUUGCUAGGAUGGCAGAUCAGCAAAAUGAAGUGGAGGAAACGAAGAAGAAGAACCAAGAGUUGUUGGAUAUGAUGCGACUUCUGUUCCCGCAGGAGUUCUAG